CCCAUCCGGAGCUUUUCCGGUUUUGCGAAAGAAUUUACGUGGCUUUUCGGAAAGCUUGGGGCGGCCUUCUCGGUGUCGUGGUUGCUAGGAAUUGACCGGAGCCGGGUUGUGUGUCCUCUGUAGCCUGAAGGCCCUCAAAAGAAGGAUGCACCUGCAGUGUUUUGGUGGCAUUUUGCGCUGUUCACUCAAGUGUUGCCACCUUUCCAUCGAGUCAUACAGCCUGAAGAAAUGUGGCUCUACAAAAACCCCUACGUAGAGUCUGACCAUGUGCCCACAACCUCUAUGUUUUUGAUUUCCUUUGUGUCUCCUUUGGCCUUGAUUUUCCUGGCCAAAUUCUUCAUGAAGGCUAGUAAAGAAGAUACCCGGGAAGCAUGCUUGGCUGUUAGCCUGGCACUUGUCCUGAAUGGUAUCUUCACCAAUGCUGUGAAGCUGGCUGUGGGCAGGCCUCGGCCAGAUUUCUUCUACCGCUGCUUUCCUGAUGGACAGGCAACUCAUCAGUUCUUGUGCACAGGAGAUGCACAAGUAGUGAUUGAAGGACGCAAAAGCUUCCCCAGUGGACAUUCCUCCUUUGCCUUUGCCGGGCUGGCUUUUGGCUCCUUCUACAUUGCAGGGAAGCUGCAUUGCUUUGCACCUGGUGGUCGAGGCCAAUCCUGGCGUCUCUGCGCCUUCUUGGGACCCCUCUUCAUUGCCACGCUCAUUGCCUUGUCCCGUACGUGUGAUUACAAACAUCACUGGCAAGAUGUGCUGGUUGGCUCUGGAAUGGGUUUCACCUUCGCGUAUCUCUGCUACAGACAGCAUUACCCUUCACUGACGGACCCCAGAUGCCACCAGCCGCUGCAAUAUGUAUCCAGGCUAUCUUCUCCAGAGAGGCAAAAGCUGACACUUUCUGGUUUCAACCUAGAUGUAUGAAGAAGGACUCAGGGUUUUUCCUUUCUGUGUAUUUGCAGACUCAGGGGGGUGGGGGGAGAGCUUCAUCAUCCAUAUUCUGCUUUGCUCAAAGGCCAGGAGGUGGUAGGGGGAGAAGCAUCAUUGUUCAAAGUAUACCAGCUGAUUGAAAUCAGGGCCUCUACCUCUUCCUCUUCCCCUUCAUCACACGUAUGUGGCCAAGAAAGGGAAGUGUUUUUUCAGGACAGCAUAAUUGCACAGUUUGGGGACGAUUUAUUUUUUUGUGGUCAACUCAUUCCUGGCAAUAUUGAACCAUUCCUCAUCCGAUCACAAUGGAGCAACAAUAGGAGUCUCUGGUCCAUUCCCUCAUUGUAAUGCCAAGCAUUGCUCUUGAGUUUAAAUGCCUAUAAAUUGAUGUCACAUGAUCUCA